AUGGAAUCUACCACACAGAUCAAAACACGCUUGAGGCAAUCUACUCGCGAUUGCUCAGCGCGUGGUUUGAUAUUCGCCUCAAUCUGGUCAGCCGAGAUGGCAGCGUGUAUGCGUAUACCCAUUGACAGUGCGAGCAAUACACCUGCAGCGUUCCUCACUUCCACGCCUGCACGAGCCACGCACGGCGACAGAUCGUUCAAUCCACCCGACGCCUUAUCGUUCGACGACGACCAAGAGCUCGCGAGCGACGAAGAAGAUGUCUACGCGCUCGCCAAAGCCUAUUACGACGCUAGGGAGUUCGACAGGUGCGCCACUGUCCUCUCCAACUGCACCACCGACAAGAGUUUAUUUCUCGCACUGUAUGCCCGCUAUUUGGACAGCGAGAGACGCAUCCAGGAACGCACUGAACCUAUCAUGGGCCCACGCGAUACGCGACGAGAGAAUGCCAAUACCCAAGUACCGCAGAUCUUGGCCCACCUGCGCGACCCCAAGGACGCAUUCCUGCUCUAUCUCAAAGGUAUCCUACUUCACCGCUCCUCUAAGCGGAUAGAAGCGAUGGAUGCACUCAUCAAAUCGCUCAAUGCGAAUCCAUGGAACUGGAGUGCGUGGUUGAUGUUAGGAGUGUGUGUGCAAGACAUUGACGAUCUCAGCGCCAUUGAGUUGCACCUCCCACAAGGUGUAAUGAUGAGGAUAUUCAGCGUGCACAUGCUCAUAGAACUGCACGCAGUAACGGAGAAGCUUCACGGGGCACUAGAUGAGCUUGAGGAGGUUUUCACUGACUCUACGCACAUCCACAGUCAGCGCGCAUUUGUCUAUUACAACAUGCAUCAGAUGGAAGAGGCUGAAGAGAUCUUUGACAGGCUAUACGCACGUGACCCGCAUCGCACGCAGGACCUCGACCUUUACAGCAACAUCAUCUACGUGAUGGGCAACCAGACCAAGUUGGCUGCGCUAGCGCACGGUGUUGUGCAGCACAACCGGAGUGAUCCGCAAGUUUGCUGUCUUGUUGGAAAUUACUUCAGUAUUCGAGGGGAGCACGAGAAGGCCAUCAUGUACUUCAGACGUGCACUGCGGCUGGAUCGCGCCUACUUGAGUGCGUGGACGCUCAUGGGGCAUGAGUACAUCGAGCUGAAGAACUCACAUGCUGCCGUCGAGGCUUACCGACGGGCUAUCGACGCUAAUGCGAAAGAUUACAGAGCAUGGUAUGGUCUCGCACAAGCAUAUGAAUUGCUCGGUAUGUACAACUACUCCCUUUACUUCUACCAGAGAGCUACAGCACUGCGUCCAUAUGACCAACGUAUGUGGCAUGCCCUCAGCAGCAACUAUGAACAUCUCAGACGGUUCGACGACGCUAUCAAGUGUCAAUUGAGAUAUAUGGAGCUUGCUACAGAUACAGUCGAUCCUAAGAUGCACAUCAAACUGUCCAAACUGUACAAAGACGCUCGUUUGGCACACGAAAGCGCCCUCGAAUUGCGCAAGGUUUACGAUAUUGUCGAAUCAAGCUCCGGCGAGUUGAGAGUGACCGAUUACGUAAACGUCUAUCGCGAACUGGCUGUCUGGGAACUCAACCAUGGAAAUACUGCACUCGCGCAGUCGUAUCUGAUCAAGGUCGUCGAAACAAACGCCCCAGAGCGCGAAGAAGCCAUGUCUAUAUUGCGCUCUAUCCAGGUCAAGGAGCUAGGGCAGAUGUAG